CAGAAAUAAAAUUAUCUAUACAUGUCAGGUGUGAACGGUUCAUGUUUCUCGAGAGGUAAAAUUAUAUACAAUUUCCAAAAUUUGAUUUAUAAAGACAAAGUCACAAGUUAAAUAUUGAGAGGCGUGAGAUGACAGAGAAUCAAAACAAUCUAUCAGAAGUAAUCAAAGGACCUUGACGAGUGAUUCAUUCAGUAAGAGAAGAAUAUGUUAACUCAUAUUAGUGCUAUUGGAAGCUCUGGAGGCACCGCUUUGUGAAAAUGAAGUGAUAAGUGAAGGAGGACUGAGAGGAGAGCUCUGGAGGAGAUACUGGACUUGGGUGAGGAUUGUUUACUACUGAUAAGAAAAUGUCUGGCAUGAUGGGUAACAACGGAGGAGUUGGGUACCGUGGUGGUGGCAGCGGCCCUCCCUUACCCCACGACAGCCGACAAGAUUUCUCUGUGGCUGGAUCCUCGAUGCACUCUUCUACUCAAACAAAUUACCUGCUAGAUGCUGUGGUGCGGCAUGUUUUUGAAGACGAUUUAAAGCGAUACCGAGGAUCUCACCCAGAUGGCCAGUUUCUUGAUGGUAUAUGUAGUCAGUUGCCAGACUACGGAACCAUACAGUGCCUCCUGCGACUGAUCUUGGAAAACUUAGUCCGGCAUCAGGGACAAUCGCCUCUUUUCCGACCGUGGUCUACUGAAGGCAGACUGGGGCCUUCAAGAGUACUGUUUGACUUCAAGAGUAGUGUGGGAAGUUUUUCAUACAAUUAUGAUAGGUUAGGAGUAAAUUCUCAGGACAAUUUUUCAACCAUACGUGCCAACAGUUGUGUUUAUAAAGCCAAGUGGCAGUAUGAGCUGAUGUUGGGCACGAAGGGAGUGAUGCAGGUUGGCUGGGCCACCAUGGCCUGCCAGUUCUCUCAAGAAAAGGGCGUUGGUGAUACCCCAGAUUCUUAUGCCUAUGAUGGCAACAGACAACGCAAGUGGAAUGUAGCUACCUACAAAUAUGGAGCUAUGUGGCAGUGUGGAGACAUUAUUUCAUGUACCUUGGACCUUGAGGAAGGAAUCGUAAUGUUUUUCAGAAAUGGCAAGUCACUUGGUCCAGCCUUUAGCAACGUUAAAACUGGUCCUGGCAUAGCUUACUUCCCAGCUGUGUCAUUAGCACUUGGAGAAAACUUGAUUGUCAAUUUUGGGGCAACACCUUUCCGUUACCCACAGCCAGGAUUCUCUCCUCUUGAAGCUCCUCCCACCAGUGAUCUAGUGAAGGCCUAUCGAUGUGUAUCGUGGCUCACAAGUCUAGUGAACCUCGACAUGCAUUGGCUUCAGUAUACUGAUCUAGUAAGAAAAGAGGAGCAGCUGAGUGGGGGACGUCGGAAAGCUUGCAUACACCUUGUGGUGCAACACAUUGCUGCACACUUGGGUCCACUGUUGGCUACCCCAUAUGUUGUAGAAGCUUGCCUUGUUCCUGCUCUAGCAGAGCUGGCUGAAGUAACACCAGAUCCACAUGCGAAGAGCACUCCAGCCUCACGUAGACUGGGUACUGAUGGAUUAAACCUUCCCAAAGCACACAUCCUAUUUGACUUCCUUAUGGCUUCCAUGGAGAGUCAUGAACUCCUCAAGUGCCUGGACAAUCUGAUCAUCUGCUUGUUGACUGGCCACAAGCAGGCAGCAGAAAACAUCCUUUUUCGUGGCCAAAAAUACAACCUUCGUUUGUUGUAUGUCAUCCUCUCCCACACCCGCCUCAGGAAGUACUGCCUCAAGCACAUACUCUUCGACAAAGUCAGGUUUUCUAGGUUUCCCAGUUUUGUUAACAUGAAGACAAUUGAUGAAGAAGGCCUUAAUGAAGUGGUCCCAUCAGUUUGGUGGACUUCUAAAGAUGAAACCUUUAUUCAUGGUAAUAAAGCAGCCUAUGAUAAGUCGUGCAACACAAUCCGCUUAGCUGUAGAAGAGGUUGAAGAGAUACAAGUAGCCAUCUUGAGGCAGCUGUUAAAUGCCACUGAUGCUCCCACAUAUCAAGAGAGCAGCAGGGCACUGUUUCUGGCCAAGUUCCGCACUUUCCUCAAGGAGCACGCGCCAGGGUCUAGGGUACCUGUCGUUGGCUACACUCCACUUCCAGUCAUUCUCUGCCUCUUUCACCGUCUUUUAAAAAUCUUCAACGAGCUAUGGAAAAUUGAAUCUCGAGAGCCUGAGGUUGUUAUCCCGCCUCGACUCUUCUACGAUGGGACCGUCAACUACUUUGAUACGCAUCGAUUGGGUGGGCUUGAAUCACACUUAAUGAAGACUCUCAAAAAGGAGUUGGUUAAGGCUCUUCCUAAUACUCACAUGGACACUUCAAAGGUGAUCAGUGAGUUGGACAAUGCAACAGCUGGUGUGAGUUCUGUUGAGGACAUUAACUAUACUAUGCAUAACAGCGAACCCUCAACAUCAGGUGCAGUGUUGGGUAAGGCAUUAGUGUCGGGGGAGCCAACUGUAGAAAGUAGCAUGCGACUCGUCAAUGUCACGCCCGGGGAUGUGGAAGACAAGCCUGGUCAACACGGGAACUCAAAGCUGAUGAGAGAUUCCCUGCUUCAUCUGCUUGAUGGAAUUAUACUGCUGUACCACAUUGGUGCUCACAAGCAGCUGGGCAAGGUGGCAGCACAGAGGGACUCCAUGAAUGACAAUAUCACCCAUGUCUUAGAGAUUGAUAAAAAGAUGAAGUACUGUAUUGAGAAGGGUUCAAGUCCCACCUUACUGAGUGAACUGAAUGGGUCGAGGGAAGUGUUCGUCAACAAGCUGGAGGAGCAGGCAAGGCAGCAGGCGUGGGUCAUCGCUGCCAUACACUCUACAGAGAAGUACUCCCAUCUUGUGUCUCUCAUGCGGGUCAUCCUCUCAACACUCAAGGAUGCUUCCAACGAGGGGGAAUUAUUUGGGUUCGUACCAGAUUUCUACGUCGAGAGCUUGACCGAGAUGUGCACAGCAUUGCGCCUCUACUUCACUGUGCCCCCGGAAAGUAUACCAAGUUCUCAGAAUCUACUCACCAGUGUGGGAGAAUUCCUAGCUUUGCACUUCUGUGAUUCACGAAUUGUCUAUGCUGACAGCAAAGAUUCCCUCAUCCAGGCCCUUGCAGGCUUUGUAUGUCACCAAACAACCCUGACUGCUCUUGAGAAUAUGCCAGAGGGAAGCCGAAAACAAAUGGUUCGAAAUCUUCUCCAGCCUUAUGAAAAUAGAGCAUGGGCACAAAAUAACUGGAUUUUGGUACGAUUUUGGAAAGGCUGUGGAUUUGGUUUCCGCUACACCAAAAGUCCACACAUGACUAAUAAAUUUGGUCCUAAGCCAGCACACACAGACAACCCCAACUUCACCCAAACAACAGCUCCCUGUCAUUCGCUGACAUUCCAGAGACACGUGGUUGAAGUCCUGGAGAGUUCAUCUGACAUAGCCAUACCCUUCCUCAACUCUCUGUUGAACCAGCUCAACUGGGCCUUCUCUGAAUUCAUUGGAAUGUUACAGGAGAUCCAGAAUGCAUCAAACCGUCCGGAACGUGUAUUUAUUGAUUCAAGACAACUCCGCAUAUGUGCAACGUGUUUUGAUUUAGCUUUGGCUCUCCUCCGAGUUCUGGAAAUGAUUGUUAACAUCGCACCACAGUUGUUUACAGAUUUCUCUCGCCCUAAUGCAGAACUUCUCUUGUCAAGGUUAUGUCAGUUGUUAUGCCAAGUUUUCAACCGUGUCAGUGGCUGGUCUGGGUGUUUUGGCCAUGUUGUGGGUCUUGAGAUUCCAGGUCUAGAAACUAUCCACCAGUACCCCAUACUAACAGCGGUGACUGGGAUCCUCGUCACCCUCAUCAGCCACGACUUUGAUCAAGUAAAUCCCAAAGCUCCGGUGGCAACAAGAACCCUUCUGAAUGAGCCCAGUUUCCAGUUAAGUUCUGUUUACCAGUUAUUGGGUGGUCAGGAUAUCAUCAAGGCUACACCAGGAAUGGCAUUUGCUGGAGCAUCUGCCUCAUCAACAGCCUCAGCACCUGACAUAACUAAUCCGUCAAUUGAAGAAGGCUCCGGUGACCUAGAAUAUUUACUCCUGCCGGCUGUUCCAAGGGGAGGAAAUUCUCAAGCAUCAAAUAAUAAUUUGGGCAAUAAAUUUUCCUUAAGGAAUUACCCCGAUGAUGUAACUAUUAUCGAGUUAAAUCAAGUGGAGCGUGUUCUUAGUCAUUUAGAAGCUUGUGUUGAGAGCCGUGGGGAGCCCACCUCAGGGGACGAUGAAGACUCCUUAUGUACAAUCUGUUAUGCAUACUCAGCUUCUGCAGUAUUUGAACCAUGCGCACACUCCUCCUGCAGGGCGUGUGUAACACAGCAUUUGAUGAAUCGAUCUGACUGUUUCUUCUGCAAGACAACAAUACAAGUGGUUACCGACCAGACUACUGGAGCCGUCAUAUACCAAUCCCAGACUUUGGAUAAAUCUACAGACCAAAAGCCAAAGUAGCCAUCCUUUAAUGUGUCACACAAGACACUUGUGCACACCAUGACACAAAGCUACAGGAACUGCUGUUCCUCUUCAGUAGUUGAAAGCUAAUACAGAGAUACUUAUAAGACUGGUGAACAUUUCUAAAGAAACUUGAAACACCUUUUACAGUGUUAGAAACAUAAUCAUGUAAAUUAUGUAUGCUUAAUAUAAACAGUUACUGUGGAACUGCAACCAAAGGAUGAGGUUAUUAAUGCCAGUACUUAAUAUCAGCCUUCUGGUUUGCAUAAUUGUACUUAUAUUGACAUUUUUAUAAAAUAUAAACUCAAGAACCCAGCUGUGUUCUAAUGGUUCCAAGACUGACAAACUGCAAGAAUGUGAGUGCCUGUAGCUCACAUUAUUUAUUUUGAACAUGUGAACUCCAGGUUUUACUUGAUCUACCUUCCCACCUCAAGCAUUUUUUUUGCAUGGGUGUCUUGUAGUCAGUAGUAGCUCCUUGUUUUGUAUCAGGAAAUGGACUAACCUUUUUCAAACAGAAAGUAACUUUCUGUAUUACUAAUAUGAAUUGGUCAAGAAUAGUAAUUAAUUGCUGUUCAUUGACUUAAUAUUAAGGCUUAUUCAUUGCAAUAGUCAGAUUUGACUAGAGCAAAUUAUUUGUUGCUGGGAAGUAUCGACGAUCAAGAUGCUGUCAAUAGUGGAUCGCAUUGGUUAUUCUUGGACAAAUGAAACUUUCAAGGUGUGUGAGAACGUGGUGGUGCAAUUUUUAGAAACAAGUAAUUUAUACUCAGACUUAUGACCAAACUCUCUCCUAAAGUGACUCACAUAUUAUAGCACUAAGUUCAUGGGUAGAGAGUGCAGGUUGACCUCAGACAUUAGUUGCCAGGAUGUAAUUCAUUAUUUAGUUACAUGUUCUUCUUAUAGCCGAGUCCCUGAGAAGGGAACUUUAGAAACAACAGUCACCUUGUAAGGUAGCCAGCAAUGAGUCACAUCAGCACAUGCACACCAGACCUGGCAACUGGGUCAACCAUAUUGAUCUUUUAAAUGCCAUUCUUUCAAAGGCACUGGGUCAUCGGUUUGACAGUAAUCACCUCCCUCCUCCCUUGCCAAGUUUAAUACUGUUGAAAUAUGUGGAUGUUAAUUGGAAAGUUUGUGUGGAUAGUUCCCUUGUGCUCUACUACAGUAUAACUUAUAUGAAAAUAAGAUUAAUACCUUUAGGGAGAUGUAUUUUCAUAUUAGCAAUUGGAGCUCAUUAUUUUAGAAGAUUAAGUUAUAGUGCCACCUCCUCCCAUUAUCUAGUUGACUUCAGACAACAGAGUCACUUAGAGAUGUCAUUUGGUCAUAAAUGAAGGAUUGAUCCUGAAUUUCCAUUUUAUGACUGAGCCGAGGUUAAGCACCACAGACAGUCUCAAACCCUAGUGGGUAGCAUGUUAAGUAGGUUGAAACUGAGGGGGUGAAGUGUUGAAUGUCCAUUUGUGGCCAACCCAGAUGAAAAGUACAGUACACUCCUGCCAGUGUAAUGUCACAACUCAUUGCCACUUACCUUAAAUAGUGAUUAAUGUUUCUAAAGAUUCCUUUUUGAGGAUUUAGCUGUGACAAGAAUGUGUAACUGAUUAAGGAAUGAGUCCUGGCCACAGAAGUCCUGAGGUUAACCUGCUAUAUUGUGUGAGACAUUUAGUCUAGCCUGGGUCAUAAAAGGGAAUUUCAGGAUCCUUCCUUCCUUCCUACCUUUCAAAACACCAAUUAACUUUUACCUGUAUUGCUACAUAGAUGUAGUCGAAAAUUGGUGAGUGUGGUAAAGUGUUCAUCAGUUGUAGGAGUAUGCUAGACACUUGGUCCUUAGUCUAGUGUAUCUUGUUUCUGUUUAUUUAUCAAUGAUGAGAAUCUGUCUGGAGAAAUGAAAAAUGAAACUGUUUUUAAUAACUUUGUAUUGAAUUUUUUAUUAGACAAUUAUGGAUGCAGUUAUCAAAUUUAUAAACAGUACAGUAUCAUUAAAAACAAAAAUUGGUCUUUAUAUUGUGAUUAAGUUGUCUCUGUACAGUUAAUGUUUCUUCAAGUUGUCUUAUCAGUUCCCGAAAUUUGAGGCAUGAUUUUUUUUCUAACUAAAUCUAAGAGGCUAAAUUUUAUAACUUAACUAACUAGAAGUCGUGAGAUUUUAUCACUUAACUUUGAUGCUUUUAUUGUGUGAGUCAGUACUGCAGCAUCAAGGGUUGAAGCUGAGGAAGGGUUUGAACGAAUAUUGCGUAGGUACUUGUCGAAAACCACUCUUGCUUAUAUGAGCGUAAUGGCUUUGUAUGAAUUUUGCACCAGUAUUGAAAACAAAUUCGUGAAUGCACAUAUAUAUGACUAUAUCACACUGCCGAUGUGAGACAAGCAGAGUAUGCUGAUUGUGUAGUGCUUUCCCAUGCACCAUGUAACUGUUGUGAUACUGAUGCACUCUAACGGUCUUUAGCUUCAGCUCCUGCCUUACACUUGCAAUGAACUAUAAGCAAAACGUCCCCAAUUACUACUAGGUAAGUCACCACAUAAUCCAUCAUUAAUCAUUGCUGUAACACCUGCUUUAAGACUUGCUAGAGAUGCCGCUGGUUCACUUAACUAAAAGAGACAUUAUAAAUUGUACAUCAUAAUUGUCAUUGUUGUAACACAUUGAAACUUAACUUUUCAAAAUUUAAGUCCUUAAAGGUAUUUGUCCAAUAAUUAUAUCAAUAUUAAUUAAAAAACUUGAAGAGGUGUUUGAAAUGUGCAGUUAUUUUAGUCAUCUCUUAGUCAAGUUCUUAAUGGUGUAUAUUGUUCAUACUACCCGGUAGGGAAUCAGAAAUAAUUCUUAACUUUUCUAUUUUUGAUGUUUGAUUAGGAAUCUAAGAACUGGAGGCUAAUAAUUCCUACCUUACAUUAAUUGUCAGUUAUGUUGGUGAAUAUUGCCCGAGAGACAAAUUAAAUAAAUUUUUUUUUGUAAGUGUGAAGUGCAUUACCAUUGUUAGUUUGUACUUGGCUCUGAUUAUAAUUAUCUUUCAUUUGUAUUAUAUUCACAUUCUUCCUUUAACAAAGUGAAUAGAUGUAUAGCGCUUUUCUUAUUCUCUUUGUUAUUUUUAUGGUACUGGAUGACAUAUGUAGUAAAAACUUGGAAAGAGAGGUGGAAAGCUCAAAUUGGAGUUGAAUUAAGAUAUUAUAAUGUUGCAGUACAUUUAGAUAUUACCCAAAUAAUUUACAGGAAUAAUUUUUUUAUUGUCCUGUUGUUAAAUGGAGUGGCCUUGUUCUUGUAUUAUUCCAUAACCUACACUGUGAAAUGUUGCCAGAAAUAUAAAGGAACCAUGGUGAAAAGUACUGCUGAAUCAGUAGUGUGGGUUGUCAGGGGAAGACUGUCCAGUGUGCCAAGAAGAAGGGAAGAAAUGAACCCCCUGAGGCCCCCUGAUAUAUAUCUGAUGUUGGGCAGUGAAUAAUAUGUUUGGGGCAGCCCUUUCCAUUUUAACAGUAAGACAAUAAGCAAGAUGAAAACAUUUUAUAUAAGGCAGAACAUGAGCAUCUACUUAUUUAGUGAAGUGAAUUUUUUAUUAACUCCUAGAUAAUAUAUUUACUUGAUUUUAUCCAAUGGUUUUGUUUCACAUUAUGAUUCUCCAUUGUAUUUAACAACAGACUGUGUAAAUAAAACUACAGAAUUGU